UGACGUGUGCCAAGGUAAGCAAGAUAAAUUGUUGAACAAAGUGCACCUGCGAUUGAAUGCUGCUGAUUUUCACCAAGGAGCAGGCUGGGGAGAGCACACUUGCAGAAGCCUUGAUCUCUGGGAGUUCUGAAGGCUGGAAAAAGCACAAAUCCCAAAAUUUUCACCAUGAAGAGUUCCAGAAAUGUCUUCUAUCUUCUCUUCUUUCACACUGCUCUCAGCCUGGAACGUAUCCGGUGGUGCACUGUCUCUGAGCAAGAACUUUCCAAGUGUAAUGACAUGAGUAAGGCCUUCGGUGGGGCUGGCAUCCUUCCCCCUCUGGAGUGUACAGAUGGGGGGUCAGCUGCUAACUGUACGCGGAUGAUCAAGGAUGAUUUGGCAGAUGCCGUGACACUGGAUGGCCGUUUGAUUUACCAGGCUGGAAAGGAGCACGGUCUGAAACCUGUGGUUGGGGAAGUAUAUGAUCAAGAGAUUGGAACUUCCUAUUAUGCCGUGGCUGUGGUAAGGAAGAGCUCCAACAUCACGAUCAACAGCUUGAAGGGUGUCAGUUCAUGUCACACAGGCAUCAACAGAACUGCAGGCUGGGAUGUGCCAGUGGGUUAUCUAAUUGACAGUGGGCGCCUGGCAGCAAUGGGAUGUGACCUUCCAAAAGCUGUAAGUGACUACUUCAAUGCAAGCUGUGUUCCUGGAGCAAAUGACGUAAACUAUCCCAAAUCCCUCUGUCAGCUCUGCAAAGGGGAUUCGGUUGGGCAGAACAAAUGCAAACGAAAUUCCCAAGAGCAAUACUAUGACUACAGUGGGGCCUUCAGGUGUUUGGCUGAAGGUGCUGGAGAAGUCGCUUUUGUGAAGCACAGUACAGUGCCUGAAAAUACAGAUGGAAGAAGUCUUUCUUCGUGGGCCCAGUGGCUUCGCUCCCGGGACUUCCAGCUUCUGUGCCGCAACGGCAACACAGCUGAUGUGACAGAGUGGAGAACCUGCCACCUGGCCCGAAUCCCAGCUCGUGCCGUGGUUGUGCGGCCUGACACAGAUGGGACAGUCGUCUUCCAGCUCCUGAACCAGGGACAACAAAGAUUUAAUGGGUUAGGCACCAAGUUUCAGAUGUUUGACUCCGCAGCCUACAGUGCCCAGAAUCUUCUGUUCAGAGACUCCACCACAGAGCUCGUUGCAAUCACAGCUCAGAAUUACCAGGCAUGGCUGGGUGAUGAGUAUCUUCAUGCCAUACAAGCUCUGAGCUGCAACCCCAACACGCUGCCAGAAAGCCUGAACUGGUGUGUUGUAUCCACUGAGGAGAUUUGGAAAUGUGGUGAUAUGGCCAUUGCCUUUAAGAAAAAGGAUUUGAAACCAGCAAUUCAGUGUAUUUCAGCCAAGACAAAGGAACAGUGCAUGGAGCUGAUCCAGAAAAAGGAAAGUGAUGCUGUAGUUCUGGGUGGAGCUGAUAUUUACACAGCUGGGAAGACAUAUGGCCUUGUACCAGCUGCUGGAGAAAGUUACUCUGCUGAUGACAACAGCAAUGCAUACUAUGCUGUGGCGUUAGUGAAACGAAAUCUGUCCAAUGCAUUCACCAUCAGUGACCUGAAAGGGAAGAAGUCCUGCCACACAGGACUGGGGAGAACUGCUGGAUGGAAUAUCCCCAUUGGUAUGCUAAUUAAGAGGGGCAUUAUUAAGACCAGAGACUGUAAUAUUCCUCAAGCUGUGAGUGAGUUUUUCUCUGCCAGCUGCGUGCCUUCAGCUAAGCAGGACAAUUACCCAUCAAAACUCUGUCAACUAUGUAUUGGAGAUGAUAGCGGAAACAAUAAAUGCAGUGCAAGUAGUCAAGAACGUUAUUACAGCUACAGCGGAGCCUUCAGGUGCCUGGCACAGGACUCUGGGGAUGUGGCCUUUGUGAAGCACUCGACAGUGUUUGAGAACACAGAUGGUAAGAAUACUGAUAGUUGGGCCCAAAACUUGAAGUCCAGUGAUUUCCAGUUACUGUGUCCAAAUGGUGCCCGUGCUGAAGUCACCCAGUUUGCUAAGUGUCACCUGGCUCGUGUGCCAGCUCAGGCCAUUAUGGUUCACCCAGAUACCAGCGUUUUUGCUCUAUAUGGACUACUGGACAAAGCCCAGGUCUACUUUGGAAACAGCACUGGAAAUGGAUUCAAAAUGUUUGAUUCUUCAACUUUUCAAGGAAAGAACUUGAUCUUUAAAGAUUCUGCUGUUGAGAUCGUGCCAGUAGAAGAGAGGAGGACAUACGCAGAAUGGCUGGGGAGUGAAUAUAUUGAGUCCCUUGAAGGGAUGCAAACACCACCAUGCUCUGGGGCAGGUAAUAAGAUAAGACAAUACCUACUCAUGACUACUGUUGUUCCCCUUCUUAUUUCAUGUCAGAUACAAGGCUUGGACUAGCAUGGUCCAAAUGGCAACUUCCAGGCCACCUCUGGCCUACCACCUUUUCUUCAGAUAAGCUGCUGUUUGGGUAACAUGUUGUGCUAACCUUGGAAUGCCUCUUCCUGCUUCUUUGCAGAGCAAGUGCUAACAGCACCUGCUCGUCAGGGGAGUGGGGUGGGGCUGGAAGCUGCCCUGUCCAUCUGGGUGGGGUGGAAUUUGGGGCAGAAGCUAGCAAUACAGUGUCAGCAUGGUUUACAAGAUCAGUCCAAAACUGGAGCAUCUUUGCCAUUGUUGCUGAUGUUGAACCACCCUGGGCUGGAAGAUUCCCAAGUGCUGUUAGAUGGAUACUGGGUUUCUGACCUGUAGAAGAAUUUCUGCAUCUUGGAAGGCAGUAUCAAAAAUCUUGUCUAGUGAAUCCUCUCUGGCCUCCUGGCUGGUUACGUUCAGACUCCUGCAUCUCUGCGUAUCCCAUCCUACCCUUUCUGGGGGCAACAGUUUCUCCUGAGCUCUGCUGCCAGAAGAGGUAAGUGUACAGAGGAUGGACAGGCUGUGGACAGAGGGACGACCUGCAGUCCAGAAUACAGCUUCUGGCACGGGCAAGGUCCUCCACCUCCAAUAGAAGAAAGCAGGGGGAAUCUCCAAAGUCACUGAAUGAAAAAGAAGGCUAGAGAGACUUGGAGGGACUACCUGUUGGCAGAGGAAAGAACGAACCCAAAUGUGUGCAUCCACUGAGCUUGUUGACUUGCCACAACCAGUGCUCUCACUCCUUGAGAGAGAUGUCAUCUGCCCUGUGAUCUUUAAUUUGAUGCAAUCUCCAUCAAGAAACUUGUGGCGGUCCCCUUCUACA